AUGGCGGCAGAACAGCGCAAGCUGCUGGAGCAGCUCAUGGGAGAUCAGUUCUCCACCUCUGCCUCAGCUCGUAACGCAAAUCUCACUCUCACCGACCCGAAAGUAUGCCGUUCAUACCUGGUCGGCACCUGCCCGCACGACCUUUUCACCAACACAAAGCAAGACCUAGGUCCAUGCCCGAAAGUCCACUCGGAAAAUCUCAAGCUCGAAUACGAUGCAAUACCCGCUGCGGAGAGGAGCAGCAAAUAUGGUUUCGAGUAUGACUACAUGCGAGACAUGCAAAAGUACAUCGAUGAGUGCAACCGGAGGAUAGAUGCCGCGCAGAGGAGACUGGAAAAGACGCCGGACGAGAUCAGGCAAACGAAUGCGCUGCUAAAGACUAUCUCUGAUCUCUCCAAGACUAUCAACACAGGCUUGUUGGAGGUUUCGAUAUUGGGAGAGACGGGUUCAGUGGGUCUCGCAAGCACAGAAUUCCAUAAAGUGCGCGUGGCGAAGCAAGCCAGAGAGCAAGCCGAACGGGACUUGAAGGCCCUGAGUGACACGUCUGGGCCGAGUGGACAUCAGAAAUUGCAGGUAUGCGAUGUUUGCGGAGCAUAUCUGUCAAGGCUGGACAAUGACAGGCGGUUGGCGGAUCAUUUCUAUGGCAAGAUGCACCUGGGUUAUGCCCAAAUGAGGAAGACAUAUGAAUCGCUGCAGAAGGAAUUGAAAGGACGGCCCCCUCCAGUGAGGCCGGAGGACAAUGCUGCUGGCGGACCCCGUGGUAGCUUCGAUGACGGACCGGGCUAUGGUGAUGGCGGCUGGGGAGGGAGAGGUGGGUUUGGUGGAAGGGGAGGAUUCAGAGGCGGAGGAGGCUUUAGAGGUAGAGGUAGGGGCGGAGGUGGUUAUGGUAGGUGGUGA